UACAACAACAACAACAACGACGACGACGACGAGGAUUAUAAUUUUCAGUCAAAAACAAAAUUGUUUUGGAACAACAACAAAAAAAAAUGUCAAUCAAAGAAUUAUUAGCGUUGGAUAAAGUUCAACGAUUUUUUCGUAUUAUUAAACAAAGUGGUGGAAUAAUUAAUUCGGUUAAAAAAAUUUAUCGUUUUGAUUUGUUAAAAGUUGGUACACUUGUUGGUACGGAUAAAUAUGGUAAUCGUUAUUAUGAAAAUAAUGAAUAUAUGCAUGGUGCAAAUCGUUGGAUUGAAUAUUCGGAUCGUGUACAUUUAGAUUAUGAUGCAAGCCAAAUACCUGCCGAAUGGCAUGGUUGGUUACAUUAUAUGACCGAUAUACCACCAACAAAAGCACAAUAUCCACGUCAUCGUUGGAUGAUUGAUCAUCAAGAAAAUAUGACCGGUACCCGUUUACAAUAUGUACCAUAUUCAACAACACCGGCCAAAAUUCAAAGCUGGCAAUCGGGUCAAACAUCAUCAACCACAAAGCAACUUAAGUGAAUCCCAAAAAAACGGGCCAUAAAAAAA